AUGGAGGAACGAAGGAAAUUGUACGGAAAGUAUCCUUCGCUGAGGAAGCUUGAGGAGCUAGGUGACGCUUAUGUUGAGUGGAAUGACGGUCGUGAACCUGCUCUUCUGCGCUGGCUUUACGACCAUGCUUCGUUUCCGCAGAUGCGUAACAACCCUCGUGUCAUCUGCGACGCUAUGGACGAAUACGCCGCGCAGCACAACUUUUUGAUCAACAUCGGUCCCGACAAGGCGGGAAAGGUCGCCGCUCUAAUCUCUGAAAAGAAACCCCAGAUAUUUGUUGAGUUGGGCGGGUAUGUCGGUUACUCAGCCCUCUGGUUUGGAAAUGCAUUGAAGAAUGCGUACAAGAACGGUAACAACGAUGGAGAUCAAGCUGUAUACUGGAGUCUCGAGGCCGAUCCCGUUUUUGCAGGAAUUGCGAUGAAUCUAGUCGACUUGGCUGGGCUAGGGGACAUUGUAAAGAUUGUCACCGGAAAGGCUGCCGAGUCGCUCUCGCGUCUCAAGGAAGAAGGCAAGCUUGCCGAGGUGGAUAUGCUGUUUUUGGAUCACAUCGAGGACCUGUAUGUGACCGACCUCAAAGUCGCCGAGUCUCUGGGAUUGCUCAAGAAGGGUAGUAUCGUGGUGGCAGAUAAUGUCCUUCGGCCCGGUGCGCCUGACUACAAGAAAUAUGUCGAGCAGCAUCCGUCAAUGGAGACACGGGCUAUCAAGGGCCUAAUUAUUCCUGGAGAGUUUGAGGACGAGAUUGAGGUGACCGAGUACACGGCAUAG